AUGGUGGCUAAAAAGGGUGGAACAACAGUGGACGAAGGCAAGCGAGGUUUGUUCCAUUUGUUCAAAUGGAAGCACAAGUCCGCUAAGAUGUUAUUCUCUAGCUCUCCUGAGGGUGUUAAGCUUGCCAAUAGAACCAAAAAAUACUUCCCAUCUCAACAUCUCCAUACGAUUAAUGAAGUUGAAGAGGCCAUCAACAACAUCACCAACUAUGGUUGUGCAUCAUCAGUGACCAACGAGGAAGGUUGUGUGAUGAAGGCGCCUGGGGUAGUAGCUAGGCUCAUGGGCUUGGAUUCCAUGCCAUGUUCAGGUGCCCCAAAGUCUUAUUGCACCCCAUCCCACGACCAGUUUUCGUCGUUCCAAGAUACCCACAACCUCAAUAGCAACAUAGAGUACUCUAUGAAUGAUCACACCAGACACGGGUCACGAAUGGAUGAUGGUUAUAUACAUAAGGCUCCAUUGGAUUCAAGAGAUCAAAGCAUGCCAAGAAAAAUUAUUGAAAGGUUUGAGUUAGAAGCAUUGCCACAAAGUUCUAUCAAGCACCUUUCAAUGUCCCAUCGUAAGAUGGUGUCUCCAGUUGAGAAUCCGGGAUUCAAUUCAGCAAGAAAUGUAGCUCAAAUCAAGGAUGCAUACCCUAAGAUUGUCCAACCCAAUCAACAAAUGAGUUCACAGGAAAGAAGUAUUUUAUCCUUCCCUUCACGAAUGCCAUUCAAGGUUUCCGAACUUAGGCAGAGACAUGUGACUCCUGAGAGGAUGCUACCACAACAACGACAGUUUUCCAGAGCCACGACCGAGCUGAAAGAUAAGAAAUUUUGUACAGAGCAACACAUGGAUCAAAGUUCGAAUUGCGAAAAGGACAUUGUGAUGCCUUCAACUGAUUCUUAUCUUAUUAAAAACCCUAAUUUUGCAAAGGGCAACAAGAGGAAGUAUGUUUCUGUGGUGUCUCAUGCAAAGGUCAGUGUGCAAAAGACGGAAUGUUUUGAUGCUUCUAGAAGGAAUUUGGGGGUAUAUAAACACAAUGAUGAUGAGUCCAGAACAAUGCAAAAUUUCAUUACCGAGUCUGAACGCAACAUUUUUACUUACCCCAUUAUUUGUCAAAACAACCAUAAACAACAUUGUUUCGUGAGUACAGACAAGUUAGCACCAAUCAGAACAUUCUCGGCCCAACAAGGAAGAAAGGUGAUCGGAGGAGGUUCCACUUCUAGGAGGAUGGAGAUUGGAAGGAAAGCAGCUAAAGUUCAUGAAAGCAUGGACAUUAUGGGAAGCAUAAGUGGUGAUUGGGAAGGACCAAUGUCAUAUAACCAUGACUUCACACAAAAACAUAUGUUUACAAAAAGGAACUCCUCAAAUGAAAAAGUCAGAUAUGUGAGUGAAAAAACAACGGGUAAACCAAAGCAUGUACAGCCUCAUGUUGCUAUGUACAAGCACAUAAAGUGGACCAACGGUGCUAAAGAUAGUACAAACGGUGGGUCAUUUACCUUCACAUCAAACUUAGUUGCACCACCAUCAGGAGCAUCCAGAUUUGUCGGGAAGUCGGAUACAGGAAAUAAUUCUAGUGUGGAUGCCAUAAGAGAGAAAGGUUAUUCGGAUAAAAAUCCUGAAGGGUUAUCACUAAGCCUUCUACUGGAAAAUAAGCUGAAGGAGCUAACACUAAAGAAUGAUAUGUCCAUCAAUUUAACAAGGGGAGAGCAUUUUAUGCCUCCUGCUUCUACCUUAGAUGAAGAACCGGUGCCAGAUUGGGAUAUGGAAAGUGGAGUGUUCGACUUUAGCCCUGCUAGAGUAAAAUAUUCUCAAUAUGUUGACUAUUGCCAAUCAGCCCAAUCAUCAACCAAAGGACAAAUUCUUGGAUGCCAUAAGUUAGAGGUGGAGGAACCAGAAGAAUAUAUCAGUAUAAGCAACGCAAGGGAAGGAAGAUAUUCCGUGUGCUGUUGGUCUUCUGAGUGCUCAGACGGAAGUGAUGGGAGUAAAGCAGACUCAUCUUCAUUUCAAUUUGAGAACAUACCAAGGAAAUCAAUAGUCACAGAGGAGGAGUACAUCGGAUAUAUCCUAAGCAGCGUCAACCAUACCAAAGAUGAACCAGGGCCACUGUUCGUCAACCGGGAGGGCUUGGAUCUGGACCCUCUUCUCUUCGACACACUGGAGGAGGAAAUGAAUACAUUUACAGAAUGGAAGGGGCUUAUGAACGACAGAGUGUAUAGACGACUGUUGUUCGACUGCGUUAAUGAAUCUCUGGAGGCGAGACGCCUCGCUUACUUCCGGGAAGGAUAUGAAGCAUGGAGCGAAGGGAUCAUAGAUCUGAGCAGAGGCAUAGAAACUGAAGUCUGCGAUCAAAUCAGUGGUUGGAAGGGCAUGGGAGACCGGGCAGUGGAUGAGCUUAUUGAGAAAGACAUGAGCAGUGGGCUAGGCAGAUGGGUUGAUUUCAGGGUGGAGGCGUUCGAGGUCGGCAAGGAGCUGGAGAGGGAGAUAUUGAGCUCGCUGCUCGACGAGGUGAUCAGCGACGUCUGCGUGGGACUGGGAAGGCGUCAGCAGUGCCAACUUGAUAUUUGA